CGUAGGGCAUCUGCUUUAGUGUGGCGUGUGCAGCUAUCGCGUCGAGUCCAAAAACCCUCCACUUGCGCACCACUCGUCCCGGCUCGGUUCACACUCAAGGAAAGUCUCACACGCUUCGCCGAACACCAUCCAGGCGAAAACACACUCAAAAAUAUACCAACCGAAAAGUUCAAAAUUUUAACUCCGUCGUUUUUUACUCGAAUCGUAGAAAGCAGUUUCUCUUUUUCUCCGGUAGCUCUCCCCCUAUUUUCUUGGCUCGGCGCAGAAAUAAGUAUCAGACGGUCUUUCGAAACUCGGUACUUGCAGUAGGCGUAAGAUAGUUAGUCGUUUUAUUCUUGUAGGAUAGAUUACUGUAACAACACGACCAGAAAUGGAAGAUACGAAAGCCAGUGCACCGAGCUCAGCCACCACCGUGAAAACCAACGCCGCGGCCACACAGCCGAAGAAGGAAGACACUGCGACUCCCUCGGUCAGCGCCGAAGGCAUGGGACUACCACUAAUGCAGGUAUGCUGCUUACUUAACAGAGAAAGAAAUGGGCGUCACAUUGGAACGGUGAAGUGCACUUCGUGUUCACACGAGGACGUCGACCUAGUGCGUCCGCAGCUGCUGCUGUCCGCUUCGGCAAGACCACCCAGUUUCCUGCACCAGUUCCACCCAUCUACAAGCGCACGGCGUGCUUUACGAUCUUCGGUGCCAUUUUGUUCAAUAGCCCCUUAAUAUUUUUGGACAAAAAAAUUUUUGAUGUAG